CCCCCCCCGCCUUUCCUUGUCCCGCUCUGCGCCUGCGCCAGCCUGGGGCCCGGGGCCCGCUGUCGCCGUCGCCGAGCGGAGACUGGAAGGUCAUUUAAGGGGUCAGUAAGCGGACGGACCUUACUCGGAAAAAACCCCACCGUCCAACGGUCCGAAACGUUCCUGAACCUGCUCCGUGGAGAGCCUUCCGAGCUUUGCCACGCAGCAUGGGGGACUCCGCCGCGCCCGCCGGGCCCGAGGCCCUGGCCGAGGAAGCGUCGUCGUCGCUGUUCAGCCUGACGGACGUGUUCCUCUUCUCCCUCAUCGUGGGGCUCCUGACCUACUGGCUCUUCUACAACAAGAAGAAGGAGGAGAUCCCGGAGUUCACCAAGAUCAGUGCGGUAACCCCGUCCGCCAAAGAGAACAGCUUUGUGGAGAAGAUGAAGAAAACGGGGCGGAACAUCAUCGUCUUUUACGGGUCCCAGACGGGGACGGCAGAAGAGUUCGCUAAUCGGCUGUCCAAGGAUGCCCACCGCUACGGCAUGCGGGGCAUGGCGGCCGACCCUGAAGAGUACGACUUGGCCGACCUGACCAGACUCUUGGAAAUCGAGAACUCGCUGGCCGUGUUCUGCAUGGCCACCUACGGGGAGGGCGACCCGACGGACAACGCCCAGGACUUCCACGACUGGCUGCAGGAGACGGACGUGGAUCUCACCGGGCUCAAAUUUGCGGUGUUCGGUCUCGGGAACAAGACCUAUGAGCACUUCAACGCCAUGGGCAAGUACGUGGACAAGCGGUUGGAGCAGCUGGGCGCCCACCGGAUCUUCGAGCUGGGCAUGGGUGACGACGAUGGGAACUUGGAGGAAGAUUUUAUCACCUGGCGGGAGCAGUUCUGGCCAGCCGUGUGCGAGCACUUCGGGGUGGAAGCGACCGGGGAGGAGUCCAGCAUCCGCCAGUACGAACUGGUGGUCCACACGGAGGUGAACAAGACCAACGUAUACACGGGCGAGAUGGGCCGGCUGAAGAGCUACCAGAAUCAGAAGCCCCCCUUCGAUGCCAAGAACCCGUUCCUGGCCACGGUCACCACCAACCGGAAGCUCAACCAGGGCGGGGAGCGCCAUCUCAUGCACCUGGAGCUGGACAUCUCCAACUCCAAGAUCAGGUACGAGUCCGGCGACCACGUGGCCGUCUACCCCGCCAACGACUCGGCCGUCGUGGAGCAGAUCGGCGAGAUCCUGGGCGCCGACCUGGACCUGGUCAUCUCCCUGAACAACCUGGACGAGGAGUCCAACAAGAAGCACCCGUUCCCCUGCCCCACGUCGUACCGCACCGCCCUCACAUACUACUUGGACAUCACCAACCCCCCGCGCACCAACGUGCUGUACGAGCUGGCCCAGUACGCCGGCGCGCCCGCCGAGCAGGAGCAGCUGCGCAAGAUGGCCUCGUCCUCCGGCGAGGGCAAGGAGCUGUACCUCCAUUGGGUGGUGGAAGCUCGGAGGAACAUCGUGGCCAUCCUGCAAGACUAUCCGUCCCUGCGUCCCCCCAUCGACCACCUGUGCGAGCUCCUGCCGCGCCUCCAGGCCCGAUACUACUCCAUCGCCUCCUCCUCCAAGGUGCACCCCGGCUCCGUCCACGUCUGCGCCGUGGUCGUGGAGUACCAGGCCAAGUCCGGCCGCCUCAACAAGGGCGUGGCCACCUCCUGGCUGAAGGGCAAGGAGCCCGUGGCCAACGGGCACAAGGCCACGGUGCCCAUGUACGUCCGCAAGUCGCAGUUCCGCCUGCCCUUCAAGCCCAGCACGCCCGUCGUCAUGAUCGGGCCCGGCACCGGCAUCGCCCCCUUCGUCGGCUUCAUCCAGGAGCGGGCCUGGCUCAAGCAGCAGGGCAAAGAGGUGGGCGACACGGUGCUGUACUACGGGUGCCGGCGGGCGGGCGAGGACUACCUGUACCGGGAGGAGCUGGCCCAGUUUCACCGCGACGGGGCCCUCAGCCACCUGCACGUCGCCUUCUCCCGCGACCAGGACCACAAGAUUUACGUGCAGCACCUGAUGAAGGAGAACAAGGCCCACCUGUGGAAACUCAUCCACGAGGACAACGCCCACGUCUACGUCUGCGGGGAUGCCCGCAACAUGGCUCGGGACGUGCAGAACACCUUCUACGAGAUCGUGGCUGAGUUGGGCCACCUCAGCCAGCCCCAGGCCGUGGACUAUGUCAAGAAGCUGAUGACCAAGGGCCGCUACUCUCUAGACGUGUGGAGCUAGGGGUGGGGCCGGGCCUGCCCCCACGCCCCCCUCCACCUAGCUGUAACCAUUAAUCAAUUCGUCUCUGAUUGCCUUCUUGCACUCACACCUGCUCAGCGCGGCGGGGAGGGGGCUACCAGCAGCCCCGGCCCGGUGAACCGGAGGAAUCAUCCCUCUUCUAGACUGUGAGCCCACUGUUGGGUAGGGACUGUCUCUAUAUGUUGCCAACUUGGACUUCCCA